AUGACUGACACCGUGUCGCAGUGCUCUGCCAAGGCCGUUUCUGUUGGCUCCAGCCAGCUCAACGCCAUGUACAGUUCGGCUGCCAACAACGGGCUCUUGGUCGUCGCGUGCAUCGCUGCCGUCGCUGUUGUCGCCUCGGUGCUUCUUGCCAAGAAGGCGGACGGCUACGUUUCCAUGGAAGAUGGCUACGCCCGCCUCGCCGACGACACGCGCUACGCCUAAUCCUUCACACGCUCCCCUGCUUUCUUCCUGCGUACGAU